AUGCAACGCAGGCCUGCGUGGGGCGGCCUGGCUGCGUGUGCUCAGCCUUGUGGUGCAAGGCAGCUGGAGGCUCGCGUUAAACCAGUCCCGAUCGCACUCAAAAACCAACGGGCUGUCACUGGGGUCGGUCUCCCGCGCGGCCGCUGCCGUGGCAGUCCCUGCGCUGGUACAGAGACUGGAGCUCGCGUCCAACGACAACCACCGAUCGCAACGCAGCUGUGCCGCCCCAUCGGACAUGUGUCCAGUAGGAGCUGGAGCGCGCGUCAUCGCAACGCAAGGCUGGUGGCGCCUUGGCUGUGCUGUGCAGGGGUGUGCCCGUUGGCGAGCUUGGAGGGGCGCGUUAGGAACGCAGUCGAUCGCAAGCAAGAGCUGGUGGGCGCGCUGGCUGUUUGUGCAGUGGUGCCAGUGGGAGCUGGAAGCUGCGCCAGCACAGAAGCUGCUGAGCGAGGACCCGCCUGCAUGCGUGCUGCUGGCUUGAUGAGCCGCUGGAGCGCCGGGCGGCUGCCGCGCCUUGCCUGCGCUCCUGCCUGGACACGCGCCCGUGGGCGCGCCGCGCCGAGACGCGCCUGCGUUGGCCGCGGCGCGACGCAGUUGCGGCGCGCGCUCGGCCCCCGCCCCCGCCCCAGCCAGCCACCCACACACGAGAGCGCCUUGCACUUGGAGACCAGAUAUCACUGGGUAAAGAGUGUGAGAUGAAGAUAGGUGAUUGGAACCAGGAGAAUCAUGCACAUUAAACAAGAAGUGGAUAGACGCAAACGUUACAAAGAAGGAACGAGUUUUGAAACAAUACUGCGCAUCAAGAAAACAAGUGAGUGGCGUGUAUUACGAACUACCGGAACAGAAUAGCUCGAACUGUUGGCGCGGGCGGUGUCUAGUCAAAAUAGUCAAAAAAGUUCGGUUAUGAGCAGACGCAUGUGAUAAAAGCAAGACGUACAGAGAUGUGACCGCGUAUAACUGUAGUGGAGGAAAUAAUUUUCGAAUGGUGAAUAUCAAAAUUUUCGAGAAUUAAGGGACAUGAAUUCUACUGAACAGGACGACGACAACACGUGGAACAACAUUUCUGAGGGUCGUAGAGAACGCUGAAAACCAUCGAACACGUAUGCGGAGGGACGAAGAAGGAAGUGAAAACUAAAUAUUAUUUACAAUACGAAGACCAAAUCGUGUCAUUAGAUAUAAGUGUACAUAAACUUAACAAUAGUAAGGUAACAUGGACAUGUAUGAAUGGGAAAAUUGAAGAGCGAAUAUUGUGAAUGAAGUGUAAAGGAGAAAAUCUGUCGCGGAACGAUUUUUGUGUUUUUGUGAAGUGUAUUGUAUUGAAUUGCUUUUGUAAGCUAAGUAAUGAGAAUCCAAAUGAUUUUAUAUAAUGUAGAAAAACGAAUCUGUUUUGAUUUCGUAAAGGUUGCUAGAAUUCCUAUAGUUCAAAAACCUAUAAAAGAAAGGGAUUCCUUACGUAAAGUUUUGUGGCCGUGAUUCCGUAUGAACGGCUCUGUCAAACAAUAAAAUAUAUUCUCUGUGUUGGAUAUCCUGGUAUAACAUAUGGGCUAUUGUUUAUUAAAAAAAAUAAAAAAAUUGAGGAUAUUAAAAAAAUAGUUUGUUAAAUGGAU